UCUUCGUGAGCUGUAACAGUGAAGGCUAAAAGAUCCCGCACAAAAUUUUAUUUCACGAAUUAAUGGAAAAUUUAACCUUCGACACUUUGAAUUGAAAAUUUAAAAUUGUUUACUUAUAGCACCAAUUUAAUUACGCGUUUUUUUGGUCCACUUGGCUGCCAUCUAGUGUCAUCAUGGUCAACGGUUCCUAUUGCUCCUGAAGUGUGUUCAGUUGAUAGAAAAGAGACAGAAAAAAAGAGUGAGAGAGGAGGAAAAUAUCCGAAAUAUUUUGUUGUUUCACGGAAAUUGGUCAACUCAUUAAAAAUGUUAAAUGACGGUGAACGUUUAUCAAGAAGUACACAACAAAAUGGCGUUGUUCAACCAUUACUUACCGAUUUAUAUCAGAUUACGAUGGCUUAUGCCUACUGGAAAUGUGGAAAGAUGAAUGAUUACGCAAUAUUUGACCUUUUCUUUAGAAAAAAUCCAUUCAAAGGAGAAUUCACUAUUUUUGCUGGACUUGGAGAAUGCUUAAAAUUUAUGGAAAAAUUUCAGUACUCUGAAAGUGAUAUCGAGUAUUUGAAAACUACAAUGCCUGGUUCAAUUGAACCGGAAUUUUUUGAGUAUUUGAAAGGAUUAACACCAAAGAAUGUUACAAUUUAUGCUAUCGAAGAAGGGUCUGUUGUAUUUCCCAGAGUGCCACUGAUACGAGUUGAAGGUCCUUUGAUUAUGGUACAGCUUCUAGAAACCACUCUCCUAACAUUAGUGAAUUACGCAAGUUUAAUGGCAACUAAUGCUGCUCGAUAUCGUAUGGUAGCUGGAACAAAUGUUGCACUACUGGAAUUCGGUUUAAGGAGGGCUCAAGGACCUGAUGGUGGCCUUAGCGCAUCGAAAUACAGCUACAUAGGUGGAUUCGAUGGAACCAGCAAUGUUUUAGCAGGAAAACUAUUUGACAUUCCAGUUCGAGGAACCCAUGCUCAUGCUUAUAUUAAUUCCUUUGCAGGAAUUGAUGAGUUAAAACUAAAAACUUUGGCUCACAAAGAAACGGGAGAAGAGUUCGACCUAUUAAGUCUUUCAUCGCAAUAUCGAGAUGCAAUUGCCUCAGAUCUCGGUGCUUUAGUAAUGGAAGCUUCAGACAGUGAAUUAGCAGCACUUAUUGGCUAUGCAAUCGCUUUUCCUGAUGGAUUCAUGGCUUUGGUGGAUACUUACGACGUCAAGAGCAUAAAAUCGUCGUACGAGAGGCAGGCACGUUUAAACAACGCUAAUAGUAAUCACAAUGAUACAAUAAAUGAACGAGCGGUGAAUUCUUCUGAUCUUUCGGAGAAAUCAUCCGUUAUUGAGUCAAUAAAAACUGAACACAAGAAUGGCUAUCGUGCCAUAAACCAACAAGAGUGGCCUAUCAAAAGCCUUUCGAGAACACCAUCUCACAACAAUGACUAUUUAAUACCUGGCGAAUUGGGGGAACUAUGUGUGAGAAGUGGACUGUUAAAUUUCUGUGCAGUAGCAUUAGCACUGUCAGAUCUGGGUUAUCGUGCAAUAGGAAUCAGAAUAGACAGUGGAGAUCUUGCCUACUUGAGUCAAGCAGCUCGAGAAACUUUUCAGAGACUGGCAGAGAGAUUUAAUAUUCCCUGGUUCGCAAAAAUGACAAUAGUAGCAUCUAAUGAUAUCAAUGAAGAGACAAUAAUGAGCUUGAAUGAGCAGAAUCAUCAAAUUGAUUGUUUUGGAGUCGGAACACAUUUGGUGACAUGUCAGAAACAACCAGCUCUUGGCUGCGUUUAUAAAAUGGUAGAAAUAAACAAUCAGCCGAGAAUAAAAUUGAGUCAGGAAGUUGACAAAAUUACUAUCCCGGGUAAAAAAAAUGCGUACAGAUUAUAUGGAGCUGAUGGUCAUGCCCUCAUUGAUUUGUUACAACGGUCUAAUGAACCAGCACCUGAAGUUGGUAAACGAGUUCUUUGUCGGCAUCCAUUCCAAGAAUCUAAACGAGCUUACGUUAUUCCAACACAAGUUGAAACACUUUUAAAAUUAUAUUGGAAAGAUGGAAAAGUCAUGGAGCCAAUUCUAACACUUCAAGAUACAAGGAAUCGAGUUAAAGAUUCUUUAAAAACACUUAGAACGGACCAUAAGAGGAGUCUUAAUCCAACUCCGUACAAGGUGGCUGUGAGUGAUGAUUUGUAUACUUUUAUUCAUGAUUUAUGGGUUCAAAAUGCUCCGAUUGGUGAGCUUUCAUGAAAAAACAUCUUUUUAAAUAUUUUUAAACGAUUAGAAUUGAUUCUUAUAAUACAGAUGGUAGUCUGUACAUCAAUUGAAAAUAAUUUAUUUUUUUCUUCAACAUGAAAAGAAGAAUGAGCAAUAAUAAUAAUCACAAAGUAAAUCAUAAUAAGAUUGAAAAGAAAUCUAUAAGUCUAUGUUUGACAGAAAAGUACAAAAUGGUAGAUGAAAUCGUCAAACGAUUUAUAAAAAAAAAUAUAAUACAUAAAUGACAUAUUUAAACACAAGUUUUUUAACUUGAACAACAACUAUUUUGUCUCACAAAUAAAUAAUGUAGAUAUGUUUAUGAAUAGAGGAUAGGGUUUAAAGUUUAAUAAAGAUUUGCUUAAAAGUAAGAAAUAAUUUAACGUUUAGAUAAACAAAAGAAUUGAUAAAAAAUAUUAAAUAAAGAAAUAGUAAGAAAAAAUAUUUUUCGACGUCUAAAUAUGCGUAUUUAUUAUGUGUAAAGAAUAACAAAGGUACAAACGUUGAAAAAAAUACGAUGGAGGCAAGAAAAAUCAUUUUUUAUUUAUAAAAAUAAACACUAAUAAUAGAAUUAUGAUUCAUACGAUUUAAAAGUUUUUAGUUGAUCUGAAGUAUUAAUGUACAUUAGAAACUGUUAAACACGCAACAAUGAUUAGA